AUGAACAAAAAUGUGGGCGCUUUGCGAAUGUUUUUCGGGACCUUAUUAACGCCAGAAGGUCGAGCGAUUCCAUGUGAUCACUAUGCGCCAAUGUUCAUCGCUGAUAUCACUUGCUUUCUCAUUAUUAUCUUCGGAUAUUCGAGCUUUGGAACAGACUCUUCGGGCGGUGAUGUCACGGCAUACUUCUCAGAGAAUAAGGUACCGGGCACUCUCGUCUCAAUGCUAAUCAUUCAAUUCGUCCUGAUCAUCUUUGAUCGAGCACUCUUUUUACGCAAAUUUCUCAUUGGAAAGAUUUUCUUUCAAAUUUUCUUAAUCAUCUUUGUGCAUAUUUGGAUGUUUUUCUAUUUGCCCGCUGCCACUGAUCGACUCUUCAUCAACAACACAACGUGCAAAUUUUGGUACUUCAGUAAAGUGAUCUACUUUAUCAUAUCAGCGAAACAGAUCCGAUCCGGUUACCCGAAACGAAGCAUUGGAAAUAUUAUGACUAAUUCGUAUUCGAGAAUCAAUUUGUACCUAUAUCAAUUAUUCAUGAUGGUUCCUUUCCUUUUCGAGCUGCGUUGUUUAAUGGAUUGGAUCUGGAAAGAUACUGCUCUUGAUGUCGGUGACUGGUUUCUUUUCAAUGAGAUCUUCUCUCAUAUCUCGAUGUUGAAAUGCUCUCAAAAAGUCAAUCAAGAACAGAUUGAAUCGAAAAGCUCAAAGAAAGUCUCUCUUGAGAAAUAUGUGAAGGGCGGGAUUUUGUUGGUGAUAAUAGUUUUCCUCAUCUGGUUUCCACUUGUGCUCUUCUCGAUGGCGAACACAGUCGGCUUUCGGAGUCUUCCCGUUGAGUGCUCCGUUCAGUUAACGAUUUCUGGAUUUCAGCCUUUGUACGAAUCAACAGCUCAACUUGGAAACAUUCGUCAUCUUUCCGAGGAAGAGUACGAGAGAUUGCAAUUCCCGUAUAGACUUAGCAAAGGAGCUCAAUCGUACAUGUCGGACUACGAGUGUGAGGAUGUCGUUAAAGCAGAGAUAAAUGGCAACUCGACAUCUCGUUGGAUGAUCAGUCCUCCAUCUCGACAAGCGCUCAUCGCUCAACUCGAACAUCAACCAAAAGUCGACUUUAAGUUUAGCUGGUUUUUUAAGAGAGCCCCGGAUCCAAAUCUUCAAUUCGGUGUGGCUGAAGAUUUUCGAAUAUUGUCACUCAAUUCGACUCAUCCCGCUCGUCAGCAUCUCAUCAAUAUGUUAAAAGGAGAACACAAUGCAACUGUACGGAUACCGAACGUUUUCCCGGCAUUGAUGAAAGUGCCACCAGAUGGAAAAGCUGAUGCUGUCGGUGCAUUGCUUGGAGAGCACGCAAAGUCUGGUACCCCGAUAAACAACUCGUUUUCGGACAUUCUCCUCUCACUGAAUAAAGAGGAAUCACACGAGUGGUGGACGGUAAAAAUGAUCGAUCGACACUUUGAUCCGGUGAAAAUCACUGAAGAGGAGGUGCUGAAUGGGAUCAUUGUUUAUGGAUUUGUUGACAAGGUUUUCUCUACGUCAUUCCUUGUGCAAUUUUUGACUGGUGGCGGGAUUUUGGGCCUCUACUUGUCCCUCGUUUUGUUGGUAGGGAAAUUCAUGCGCGACAUGGCCACGGGUUCGAUGCCGAAAAUCAUGUUCGAUCAACUGCCGAAUGUGGACGAUAUUCUCCAAAUGUGCUUAGAUAUCAUGCUGGUCCGAGAAGCGGGUGAAAUGGAAUUAGAGGAGGAGCUCUUCGGGCGUUUAAUUUUCCUCUUCCGCUCACCAGCUCUUCUCAUCAAAAUGACAAGGGAUAAAGGAAGAGAAACA